AUGGAACAGCCAAAGUAUAAGGUUGUCGAAGCUGAUAAUAACAAGGGACCAAUUGAUGAAUGUGGUCUCGCUCGUUCUUUUUCUUUUUCUGAGUCUGAGUCCGAAAUUUCAACUGCUUCAUCCUUGGAUUCUGAUUCGUUUGAAGAAGUUACGUCCCCUGUUUCUUCGUCUUCUUCUUCACCCGAUCAAAUUGCAACUGAGCCAUUGAACGAUAUGUCUUCUUUGUUUCAACAACUUCCUGUCAAGAGGGGGCUUUCGAAGUAUUACCAGGGAAAGGCACAGUCUUUCACCUCAUUAGCAAAAGUGAGGAACUUGGAGGAUCUUGUGAAACCAGAGAAUCCAUACAAUAAAAAGUUGAAGUGUUGCAGAAGCUAUGGAGGGGUAAUGGUUGAGUCUGAGAGAGCAAAUUGCAGUAGUUCUUCUAGCGGUAUCAUCUCUAGGCAUGGUUCUGAAAGGGGAAGUGAGAAGUUCAUGGGUAGAAGACCUCCAAUCCCACCUCAUAGAUCAACCCCUACCACCUCCAUUCCUAAUCAAACUGCUUUGUUUGUUUGA